CUUUUAAAGUCUUUGCUGUAUUUGUUGCUUUCGCGUGGCUUCCACACGACCAAUUGCUUGCUCGCUCGCUGGGUGCGCUCAUCCUUUGCCUUUGCUAUUUUCCAUUUUUUUAAAAAGCUGUUUAUCACUCUCGGAGGAGUCACAUUGGGGCUUGAUGAAGGCUGCAUCUAGUAGCUUAAGGGCAGCUUUCUCCCACUGUGUACUGCAAGUGCGCAGCUAUGAUUAUCAUCACUACCUAUGCCUCCUUGAGCUUCCUGCUAAUAUGCGAAAGGCUGCAUUUGCACUCCGUGCUUUCAAUGUCGAAACUGCUAGAGCUAUGGAUGUUGCUUCUGAUCCCAAGAUUGGUCUCAUGCGCCUUCUUUGGUGGCAAGAAGCCAUUGACAAAAUUUAUGCUAAUAAACUGAUCGAGCACCCGACAGCACAGGCACUCUCAUCAGUUAUAUCCGAAAGUAAAAUCAGCAAGGCUUGGUUAAAACGGGUAGUUAAUGCUCGGAUCAAUGAUGCAAAUAGAGACGUUAUUGACCUACCGGAGAGUAUCGAGGAGUUAGAGAAAUAUGCAGAAGAUACUGCAUCAACUCUUCUAUACAUGACUCUUCAAGCUGGUGGUAUCAAGUCUACUGCAGUUGACCAUGCAGCAUCGCAUGUCGGUAAGGCAAGUGGCCUCCUUUUGCUACUUAAGUCGCUGCCAUACCAUGCUAGCCGCAACCGUCACUUUUCUUACAUACCAGCUAAAGUGGCAGCCGAGCAUGGGCUGCUAGUUAAGGAAGGAGGUCGCUCAGAGAUCCGCUUGGACUCUCGGGAGGGCUUAUGUGAUGCUGUUUGUGAAAUGGCAUCAGUAGCCAAUGCCCAUUUGGUGAAAGCCCGUGAAUUAGCCAACUCUGUGCCGGUUGAAGCACGAAAAGUACUUCUACCGGCUGUGCCUGCCCAAGUUCUCUUGGAUUCCCUCAGCAAAGUGCAGUUUGAUGUAUUUGAUUCAAGGUUAGCAAGAGGGGUUCUAGGCAAACCUCCAUUGUGGUUCCAACUGAAACUAAAGUGGUAUUCAUGGCGAGGGAUAUACUAAAUAACAUAUCGUUACAAUUUCUGCUGACCGGAAAAUUUUUUGCAGUCGGCUAAACGAACCUGAAACAAGAGCUUUGUUGUAUUUGCUCUUUCAUAAUAAGGGGAUUGAGUGUCCUCAUGAAACGUUUUUUAUUAACCAUUGAACUAUGAUCAUUGUGGCCAACAGCUUUGUGAUCCUUUCUAAUUUAUUAUGGCUUUAUUUUGAUACAAUCAACAAUUUUCUGUCCAGGCAACCUGGUUUGCCUCUGGUUGAUGACAUUUCAACAAAUCAAAAUAUGGUUUUGGUCCUUCUGAAA